CCUCUGACACAGCAGGCUAGGCUAGCGGCAGAGGGGCACCUUCGUAGGGUUCAUCCUGGGCAGGUGCUCUGGAACCUUCUCCCAGCCAGCCUGCAUGCCUGGGGAGGUGUCCAUCUCCCAUCCAGCCCAGUCGGGGUGCCAAGGAAGGGCCAGGCCAGUGGGGCCAGAGGCAGGCGAGGCAGGCAGCAGGAACUGGGCUUUUUAAACACUUAAACCCCAGGAAAUCGCGGCAUUGCUGGACGGGGAAAAUGAAAGACUUUGGAAGUCGCCAGGAAUUUGACUCUGCGAGUUGGUUUCCAAGAGCCUAAGUUAAGCAUCUCCAAGUGGAUAUUAAAAAGGAGCAGCGAGGCUCAGGGCGGCGGGGGCUGGAGGGGGUGGAGAGAGGACGCCGCCGCCGGAAGCUGGACGCUGGACGACUGAAGCCACCGCUCCGAAGGCCAGGCGGCCGGUCCUCGUGCAGGAGGACCCUGGGCGCGGCGGGAUCCCUCCGGACCCACCUCUGGGCCCCUCUCCUCAGCUUCCCCCCCCUCCCGUCUCUCUCCUCGCUGCCUUUCCCUCCUGUUUUGAAGAGACAAUGCUACUUCAGUUUGGAGCACAAACAUAUGAUCAGCACAUGGAAAUGUGGUAAUUUGGAUGCAUUCGUGAUUGCAACAGAUUGAAGAAAUUAGACCAGACAAAGAGUGUUUUUGGAGGAGGAGGAGGAGGAGGCAGAGAGAGGGAGGGCGACCGACGGGUGAGAAAGGGGAGGACGCCUGCCUCUGAACCAGGGCCGCUGGGACUCCCGCCUGCUGCUAAAUAGACCCGUAGGAAUGGAGAGGGACCGGAUCACAGCCUUGAAGAGGUCCUUCGAGGUCGAGGAGGUCGAGCCACCCAACUCCACCCCGCCCCGGCGGGUCCAGACGCCCCUGCUCCGUGCCACUGUGGCCAGCUCCACCCAGAAGUUCCAGGACCUGGGUGUGAAGAACUCAGAGCCCUCCGCCCGCCAUGUAGACCCCCUGGGCCAGCGCUCGCCCAAGCCCGCCCUGCGGAGGGUGGAGCUCGCGGGGUCCAAGGUGCCUGAACCUGUGUCCCGACGCACAGAGCUCUCCAUCGACAUCUCGUCCAAGCAGGUGGAGAGCGCGGCCACCCCUGGGCCGGCCCGGUUCGGGCUCAAGAGGGCCGAGGCGCUGGGCCACAAGACCCCAGACCCGACCCCUCGGAGGACGGAGAUCACCAUCGUCAAGCCCCCGGAGCCAGCCCACCGCAGGAUGGAGGCCCCUGCCUCCAAGACCCCCGAGGUGCCUGCCAGCCCUGCCGUCGACGCAGCCCCCAAGAGGGUGGAGAUCCAGGUGCCCAAGCCGGCCGAGGCUCCUGCCUGUCCCCUCCCACCCCAGACCCUGGAGAAUUCAGAGCCUGCCCUGACGUCCCAGCUGCAGAGCAGGCUGGAGCCCAAGCCCCCGCUGGCCGAGGCCCUGCCCAGGAGCCUGGAGGUCCCCGAGGCAGCUCCCGGCAGCGCUGGCAACAUGGCCGACUCCUCCAGGGACGCUGCCCUCAAGCAGGCCGCAGCCACGCGGAACGAGAAGGCCCCCGUGGAGUUCGGCUACGUGGGCAUCGACUCGAUCCUGGAGCAGAUGCGGAGGAAGGCCAUGAAGCAGGGCUUCGAGUUCAACAUCAUGGUGGUGGGGCAGAGCGGCUUGGGGAAGUCCACCUUAAUCAACACCCUCUUCAAAUCCAAGAUCAGCCGGAAGUCGGUGCAGCCCCCCUCCGAGGAGCGCAUCCCCAAGACCAUCGAGAUCAAAUCCAUCACACACGAUAUCGAGGAGAAGGGCGUCCGGAUGAAGCUGACGGUAAUCGACACGCCGGGCUUUGGGGACCACAUCAAUAACGAGAACUGCUGGCAGCCGAUCAUGAAGUUCAUCAACGAACAGUACGAGAAGUACCUGCAGGAGGAGGUCAACAUCAACCGGAAGAAGCGCAUCCCGGACACGCGCGUCCACUGCUGCCUCUACUUCAUCCCUGCCACAGGCCACUCCCUCAGGCCCCUGGACAUUGAGUUCAUGAAGCGCCUAAGCAAGGUGGUCAACAUCGUCCCCGUCAUUGCCAAGGCCGACACACUGACCCUGGAGGAGAGGGUCUACUUCAAACAGCGGAUCACCGCAGACCUGCUGUCCAACGGCAUCGACGUGUACCCCCAGAAGGAGUUUGACGAGGACUCGGAGGACAGGCUGGUGAACGAGAAGUUCCGGGAGAUGAUCCCGUUUGCCGUGGUGGGCAGUGACCAGGAGUACCAAGUCAAUGGCAAGCGGAUCCUCGGGAGGAAGACCAAGUGGGGCACCAUCGAAGUCGAGAACACCACGCACUGUGAGUUUGCCUACCUGCGGGACCUGCUCAUCAGGACGCACAUGCAGAACAUCAAGGACAUCACCAGCAGCAUCCACUUCGAAGCCUACCGCGUGAAGCGCCUCAGCGAGGGCAGCAGCACCCUGGCCAACGGGCUYGAGAAGGAGCCGGACGCUGAGGAGAUGUAGACGCCCCCGGGACCCACCCGAGUCCCCCACGCCCCAGGCCCGCCCACUCACCCGUCUUUUUUCAUAUCAUUCUCUCCAUUUGUCACCCGUCUCCGCCCCUUUGACACACUGCCGGGUCACCCCAUGUGCUCUGCACCAGCCCGAGGCCUCCGGGCACUUGGCUGGACCUCGGUCUGGUCCUGGGCCCGGGCCAGCCUCUGGCCUUCCUGAGGGCUGGGAGGGCUGGGYAGUGGGCAGAAGGGAGGGCCCCCCGGAUCCAACCCCCCGCCCAGGUCCAGCUCCCGGGGGCCAGGAGAGCCACUGUCUGCCCCCUGCGCAGAGCCUGCAGAGCUGGGGGGUCUGUGCUUGGGCCAGGUCCAGGAUGCAGGGAUGACCACUGGGCCAUACUCUGUCCCAGUGGCCAUGUCCCCUGGCCCCUGUCGGAGGCUGUACCCAGGGGAGGACAGAGCCAGCAGGUGGACCUGGAGCCCCUCCUGCCCCCUACAUGUCAUGGGACGUGACUCAGCACCCCGCCUGCCCCUGCUCCCGAGGGGAGACUAGAGAGUUCCACAGCCCAGCUUGCCCACUGCUCAGAGGUGGCAAGUCCCCGGCUGCCCCUGCCCGCCCAUGAGCCCGGAGCAGAAAGUGCCUUAUCUCGGCGUCCCUGUGUGUCCCCUCUCCUCCCUUUGCCURUGGGUGCUGCAGUGCGAUCUGGUGAGGAUUAAAGGACGGAGGUACCUCCACCCUGAAUUUUGGGCAUGUCCCGCACUCUGGUGGAGGGGUGAGGGGCGAAGUGGGGGGCCACCCUGCGGGCGCAGGAGGUGCGUUUGCACCUGUGGAGUUCGGCUUGGCCCAGAUGCUCCGGCUACGCUCAKGCCCCUCCUCCACCUUCACCAGCUUUGCUCCUGCUCAGCCCUCACUGCCCCAGAGACCUGGGUACACGGGGGACCACAGAGCCUGGCUGCUGGUGGUCCUCCAUGUUCCUGGGCCUCUGAACCCUAGAGUCCAUUUUAAAGUCCCCAGAGAGGGAGAGACAAGGGGUCAGAGAUACACAGAAUACACCUAGGCUGCAGAGAAAGGCUUAACCGUGACACAGCCUGGUCCCCAAGAGGGGACUGGUAGGGACCAUGCACAGCUGACCUUCUGCCUCCCAUUCCAGGAGAAGACAAACCCUCUGCCCCACAGUUUACAUGCCAACUACCGACUUGCCAAGUUUUUGCCAAAACCAAGACUUUGAAAGUGUGCAGCCCAGGGUCCAGGACGCAGGGCCCCGCCCCCCCUCCCCAGCCCCCACGUCGCCUGGGGGGUCAGCAGCAUCCCGGGCUCCGGAAGGCUUUGCUUCCUCUCUCUGUAACCAGAUUUUGAACCAGAUUUUGCUGGGCUGUGUUCCGUAAUGGCCUUUAGCUCUGUGCCUCCUGAGAAAUUCGCCUCUUUGUAUAAAUAACAAAAGUGUUGA